AUGGCAUAUACAAGUAGUAGCCAGAGCAGCAUCAGCAGUUUAAGCCGCAAAGAAGAUAUCAGUCGUUUUGAAUUCAAUGUUACAUCUCCCAUUUUAAAAUCGAAAAAGAAUAGAAAGAAAAAAAUUGGCAAACUGGUAGAUCAAGUAAAGAAAUUUAAAAAGCAGGCACCAAAGAUCCACGAUGAUGCUAGUAAAAUCCACAGCGAUGACAUGGGUUACCAUAGCAACAAUGACCCUAUCUUCAUUUUCGAUCCAAAAGAGACAGAGACUGUAGUAGCAUGCACAACAGGCACCGAAUUUUUCGAAUCCAAGGCGCCAACGUACAAGUCAAAUUAUUCCGAAAGUGUGUAUUCCAGUCAAACAUGUGUUCUUGUGUACCCUACUAACUCAUUGAUACAAGUAGAUCAUCAUCACCAUAAGUUUCUGUCGAAAAUCAAACGGUAUCACUCGUCGCACCUGCAUUUAGUUACUUCCAUGAUCCAGAGCGAUGAUGGCGAUGAUGACGAUGAGUUGGAGGAGGCACAAGAGAAAGAUGUCAAGAUUCAGCAUCAGCAUCGUCAUAAACAUGACCUCAAGACGAUCAGAUCCAACAAAAAGUACUUUAAGAGAAAGAAGAAGCCCAAAGAUCAGACAUCUGCUUACUAUUUCUCAUCAGUAUCAUCCUCCACUACGACAGCCACAUCAUCGCACAAACGAAAAAGACUCUACAUCAAUCUGAUAAACAAGAGGAAAAGACAACAACAUGGAAAAAGAGUACCCAUAGCAACGACGAAACCAGCCGAAUCAGCAGCAAAUGAGCAAGAAAGAAAAAGCUCAUUAAUUCAAAUAAGGCACCAAAUGAUGGAUUUUAAAAUACCUGCAGAUUGGACAUGCAUAAGUUCAAAAGUCAACAAAUGUCCAACAACAACAACAACAACAAACUUGUAA